GCAAUGGAUCCUGCAGCCAUGGAAGAAGAACUAGUCCAUGACGUUUCCCCCUUCUUUCGCAUAUACAAAGAAGGCCGUGUCGAGAGGCUCAUGGGCACUGAGUUCAUCCCCACUUCUGUUGAUCCCAAAACCGGUGUUGAAUCCAAAGACGUUGUGGUUUCUCCUGAAAUUGGUCUAUCUGUAAGGCUGUACGCCCCAAAACUCCAUAACCGAAACCAGAAACUUCCUCUUCUGGUGUACUUCCAUGGCGGAGCGUUUUGCUUUAUGAGCCCGUUCUGUGCUAUCUACCAUAAUUACCUUAACACUUUAGUCCAUGAAGCCAACGUCGUUGCAGUCUCAGUCGAAUAUCGAAGAGCCCCGGAGCACCCUCUGCCAGCAGCAUAUGACGAUUCAUGGACAGCUCUCAAAUGGAUCGCUUCUCAUGUUAAUGGAGAUGGCCCUGAAGAUUGGCUAAAUUUUCUAGCUGAUCUUGACAAUGUUUAUUUGGGUGGUGAAAGCGCUGGUGGUAAUAUAUCACACCACAUGGGCUUGAGAUAUGGAAAACAGAAACUUGGAGGUCUGAAACUCGCAGGAAUUAUUUUGGUUCAUCCAUAUUUUGGUGGCAAUGAGCCCAUUGGUGCCGAGGCUAAUAAUUUAGAGAAAAUAGAAUUUACAGAGAUGUUGUGGCGUUUGGCGUGUCCUGAGACAACUGGGCGCGAUGAUCCGCUGUUUAAUCCGCUGGCUGAUCCGAACUGGGCGAGCCUGGAGAACACCAGGGUUCUAGUUUGUGUUGCCGAAAAGGAUUUCUACAGAGACAGGGGAUGGUGCUAUUUUGAGAAGUUGAAGGAGAGUGGAUGGGAAGGUGUGGUGGAGAUCAUGGAGUCUAAAGGCAAAGAUCAUGCGUUCCAUUUGAUGAAUCCCACUUCUGAGAAAGCUUUGGAUUUGCUUAAACAAAUUGCUUCAUUCAUCAAUAUUCGUCACAAAGCAUAAAAUAUCAGCAUUGAAUUGUAUUUUAUUGAAUAGUAUUAUUUACUUUCCAAAAAGUCUUGUAACAAUUAUGUAUCGGAUUUCUGUUCUAGUUUAGUUGUUUAAA